UUACCAUAAUGGUAAUGAUAAUUUUCCGUUAUUUGGUGGACAAGGUCAAUUGAACGAGGAGAUUAAUCGUGGUGAACUAAUGAUAUCAAUAAGUCAACAACUUGGAUUAUAUAAUAUUAACCAGGACUGUUUUUUAGAUAUAAUUGGUCUAUUUGAUAAAUAUAACGAAGCAUGCGAAAUGGUUCAAAAAUUUCAACAAGAAAAUGAAGCUUUACGAUUGGAAUCUUCUUGA